AUGGGCUUCUUGUUUUUCUGCCUUACUCUCCUCUCCAUUUCUUUUUCCCUCGUAUCGGCCAGUUUCUUCACGGAAUUCGUGUACCCGAAUUUCACAGCUUCGAACAUUAGAUUCCGAGAUGGUGUCGGGCGAUUCUUGUUCUCUUCCAAUGGGAAAUUCAAGGCCUCAAUGUUCAAUCCAGGCUCUCAAAGAACCCGAUUCUACUUAUGCGUUAUUCACGUCGAGUCGAAUAUGAUCAUAUGGUCCGCUAAUCGAGACUCACCUGUAUCCGAGUCGGGGAUUGUAGCUUUAACCGUCAAUGGCAUCACGAUAAGCGAUGAGAACGGAAGUCAAAGAUGGUCAACUCCAAAAUUACAAUCUCCGGUCUCUGCUUUACAGUUGACAGAUAGCGGAAACCUCGUUUUGCUUGACCGGUCAAAUUCGACCCUUUGGGAAAGUUUUCGUCAUCCCACAGACACAAUCGUGAUCGGGCAGAGGUUAUAUCCAUCGGCUGUGCUUUCGAGUGCCGUCUCGAGUGAUGACCUGUCAACCGGCGGUUAUAACCUCUCGUUAACUUUGUCUGAUGUUGUGGCUCAGUGGCAAAACCUCGUUUAUUGGAAGCUGUCGAUGGAUGUCCAGGCGUACGUGAACUCGAACUACAAUGUCGAGUUCUUGGAAGUCAACCAAACGGGCCUUUAUUUGCACGGUCGAAACGGGUCGGCUGUCGUGAUCUCGGUGAAUCUGCCGCCGUCCGAUUUCCGAACAGCGAGGAUCGACGGCUCCGGUCAGUUUGUGGUCAGGAGUUUCGCCGGAGGCCUUCAGGCACAAGAAUACGUGCAGCCGGCCGACAAAUGUCGAAUCCCUUUCGUUUGCGGGAAGUUAGGGUUAUGUAAUGAAGGUGUCUCGGUCGAUAAUUAUGCGUGCUCGUGUCCAUCGGGAUUUCGGGUAAGUUCUUCGAACCGUGGAACCGAUUGCAUCCCGAGCGAUUUUUCUCACUCGUUAUUGGUUUCGUGCAAUUUAUCGUCGUCCCAUGACGUAAAUAAUAGUUCGAAUUCUUCUGCAAAUGUUUCUUACAUGCCGCUCGGCAAUGAUGUCGAUUACUUUGCAAACGAUUUCAAUCCGCCAGCUGUCUUCGUGUCGAAUUUGUCCCGGUGUGAGGAUUUGUGCUCGAACGAUUGCGCGUGCUUAGGGAUUUUCUACGAGAACUCGUCCGGUUCUUGUUACACGCUCGAAAACAAUGUGGGAUCAGUUAUGGUGAAGUCUACGAGUAAUGGCGGUAAUGUUCGUCUAGGCUUCGUCAAGACGAUAGUCAAACCACAGUCAACGCGUUUCGACAAUUCGAACGAAAACAACGAGAACGUGAACUUUCCGGGAGCUUCCGUAAUUCUACCGUCAGUUGCCGCCGUCUUUAUCUUCGCGCUCGGUUUUCUACUAUGGAGAAGGUUUAGGCACUCGAGAGUCUACAACAAUAAUCAAGACACAACACCACCGAGUCACUCGCGCUCGUAUUCGUUCUCCUCGAUCUUCGACGACACGGAAUUCCCAAUUCCCGGUUUGCCCCUACGGUACUCCUACGCGGAGCUCGAGGCCGCGACCAUGAAUUUCGAGACGAAAGUCGGGACGGGCGGAUACGGAACCGUCUACAAAGCCACCCUCCCCGACAAAAACCAAGUCGCCGUGAAGCGGCUUGCCAAAAUCGGCCCGCAGGGCCGUCGCGACUUCUGUACCGAGAUCGCCGUGAUCGGCAACAUCCACCACGUGAACCUCGUCAAACUAAAAGGCUUCUGCAUCCACCGAAAAGAGUGGCUCCUCGUUUACGAGUACAUGAGCGGUGGCUCGCUCGACCGGGCCCUUUUUGGUAACGGACCCGUCUUGGAGUGGAGAGAACGGGCCAAGAUCGCGACGGGCUCGGCCCGCGGGCUCGCUUACCUCCAUAGCGCGUGCGAGCCAAAGGUCGUACACUGCGACGUGAAGCCCGAGAACAUUUUGCUCGACUCGAGCCGUUCUCGGGCGAAGAUCUCGGAUUUCGGGCUCGCGAGAUUCCUCGGGCCGGAGGAGUCGAGCAUGCUCGCGACGAUGCGCGGGACGCGAGGCUACCUCGCGCCCGAGUGGCUGACGAGGUCGACGGUCUCGGAGAAGACGGACGUUUAUAGUUUCGGGAUGGUGUUGCUCGAGAUCGUGAGUGGGAGGAAGAACUGUUUGCCGAGGGCGAGUGACGGGAUUUUCUUCUUCCCGUUGUUUGCGCUCGAGAUGCAUUUGGAGGGGAGGUAUUUGGAGCUCGUGGACGGGAGGUUGGAGGGUCGGGUGGUGGGGGAGGAGGUUCGGAAGUUGGUACGGGUGGCGUUGUGUUGCGUUGACCAGGAGCCAGGGUGGAGGCCGAGCAUGGUUAAUGUGGUGGGGAUGUUGGAAGGGGAGAUGGCGGUGGGGGAGCCGAGAUCGGAGGGUUUGGAGUUUUUGAGGUUUUACGGGCGGACGUUUAAUCAGAGUGGGCCCGCGGGUUUGGUGGGGGUCGACACGUGGCGCGAGGGGAUUGGUGGUGCGGCGGAGAGUCGGAGGGUGUCGGAGGCGGAUAAUUCGUACGUGUCGUCGGAGCAGAUUUCGGGUCCGAGGUAG